AUGGGACCAGCCGGCGUAAAUGACUACCGUUACCAGGUGCAGCGAUCUACGGUACGAAGGAGGAGCGGGCAGCCUGCCUGCGCGACCCAGGCCAGGUCAGGUCAGGCCAGGACAGGACAGGACAGCCGGUUGCGUGGCGUGCGAGCGGGCGGUGGUAGUCGGUGGAGAGGCAUCAUUUCCAUUGUCUCUGGCAGGGAUACGCAUAGAGGAGAGAGAGGUGGAUUCAUCAGGUUAGUCAGUCAUCACUCCGUCUCAUUCACUCUCCAUCUGUUCAGUCAUUUCACACUUCAACCUGUCUUGGCGGCCAAGUUGGUCAAGUCAAAAGUCACUUCAUCGGUCAGCACAUACCUAGGUACACACACAUACUCCACCUACAUACCUACAUGCCUACUUGACUACCUAGGUACUGCCCGAACAAGCGUCCGAGGUACUUUACUCGGUUGCCUUUCCUGGACGUCUGAAUUAUGGAGCCCGUCAGUCACUUGCUUGCUCCCUCAUUACGGCAUCCUCCUGCUGGUGGCGCUAGCAUCGGCGCACGACUGUUUUUGA